UCCGCCCUAUGUCCAGUACGCAUAACUGUUGAGUUGUUCAGCUUCCCUUUGGUCCUCGACACGCCCGCUCUAUCCGGCGCCAAUAUACCGUCUCGAGCCUCUUGAUGCAUAUACCUCCGCCCCAGGCAUAAUCCCAGCCCUCGUCCAUUCAAUCCCCACAGACAAACCUCAAGCAUCCCACUUUGCCACCCUUUAACAACCGUCACCAUGGCUCUCGUCAACGUUCGUCGCGAUGUCAGCGAUGCCUUCUACCGCUACAAGAUGGAGCGCCUUCAGACCAAGAUUGAAGGCAAGGGUAACGGUAUCAAGACCGUUGUCGUCAACUUGUCUAGCGUCGCCCAGUCUCUUGCCCGCCCAGGCUCUUAUGUCAUCAAGUACUUUGGUUUCGAGCUGGGAGCUCAGACCAACAUCGACCCCAAGGACGACCGUUGGAUCAUCAACGGCGCCCACGAUGCCGCAAAGCUGCAGGACCACCUCGAUGGCUUCAUCAACAAGUUUGUUCUCUGCAAAAAGUGCAAGAACCCUGAGACCGACGUCGUCAUCAAAGACGAUCACAUCGUGCUCGACUGCAAGGCCUGUGGUCAACGCACCGACGUUGAUCUCCGCCUGAAGCUUAGUGGAUUCAUCCUCAAGAACCAGCCCAAGAAGGGAAAGAAGGACAAGGCUGAGCGCCGUGCCGCCAAGAAGGCAAAGCAGAACGGCCAUGCCAAGGAGAACGGCCAGGGCAGUGGCGAAGAUGGCUCCGAGAAUGGCUCCAACGAGGCCGCCGAGAACGGCGACGUCAGCGAUGACGAGUUCCAAAAGGUGCAGGCCGAGGCAAUCACUGCCGCUACCAGCGCCGAAGUCGAGGUUAAGGACGACGAAUGGGCUGUCGACAUGAGCGCCGAGGCCGUCAAGGCCCGCCAGGCACAGCUCCCCGGCGAGCUCAAGCAGAAGCUCAACAUUGGCGACGACGAGGAUGAGGACGGCGAGGGCGGUGGCAACACCGUCUACGACGAACUCGGCAACUGGAUUGCCGAGCAGGCUGAAGAGAAGGGCGGCAUUGACAAGGUCGAUUCCAUCAACAUCUAUGUCAAGGCCAAGGAGCUUGGUAUCGAGGCCAAGCACCGAACUGUCCUGGUUCUGGUGCAGACCGUCUUUGACAAGAACAUUGUGGCCCAGAUUCCCAAGCGCGCCAGCAUGCUCAAGCAGUUUGUCACUUCUGAGAAGCAUGAAAAGGCCCUGCUUGGUGGUACCGAGCGCCUGAUUGGCGGCCUCAGCAAAGAGAACCCUGAUGUGCUCCAGCAGGUCGUCAAGAUCCUGCAGCUGUACUACCACCACGACCUCAUCACCGAGGAGGUCGUCGUCCCCUGGGGCUCCAAGGCCAGCAAGAAGUACGUCGACGUCUCUACCUCUCGCAAGGUCCGCAAGGCUGCCGAGCCCUUUAUCAAGUGGCUCCAGGAGGCUUCUGAGGAGGAAUCCUCGGAAGAGGACGAGUAAAAUCGCCCUCCUUUUGACUUGGUAGACACGUCUCGUGUUUAUCCUACACCAUCACCUACUAGAUUGAAACUUGUGAUGUGGCAGGACAAAGAGGCCUCAAAAGCUGCCAAGGAAAUGGCACAGAGAAAUAGGGAUUAAUCUUAUCAAAGACUCUGUUGCCUCAUGAUUUAUAUUUGUAUCGGGCUUGUGUAACCACCGGACAUUGUGUAUUUAGC